UGAGUGGGCCCAAUAAAAAUGAUUUUAUCAUAAGACCAUCUUAUUUCUUAUUUUAAAAUUUGUGAAUUUUUUUUUAAAUUCAAUUCAAUUAUUGACUAGAUUAUUUUUGAACAUUUUAAAAAGAAAAAUAUUUAGAAAAAGUUCAAAAAAUCACAGCUAUAUCUCCAUCUAGUUUACUGCUUCUAUAUCAACAACCUAACGGUCAAUUUUGGCGACUGUAAAACACACAAGAUUGAGAUUCAGACGACAUCUUCAUUCUUCAUCCAGAAGGAAGAAUUCUUCCCAUCUUGAAUUUUCAAUGUAGAUUCAAUUUCUUUUAAAAAAAGAUUUUGAUCUUUCUUUUUCAAAAUCAUAACAUAAAUUAGGUCAGAGAAGAGAGCGAUUGAAAGAGAAAAUCCAAAGACGAUAAUGCCAAGCGUAGCUGUGAAAUUAUAUAGCGUAUUCUUCAAAUUCCUGUUAAAGCAUCGCCUCCAAAAUCGAAUUCAAAGCACUACUGAUGAAUCUAAUGGUAAAUUGAAUACCGAUUUUGGUAUUACGACCCGACCAGAAGAAUCUGUAGCUGCUGCUAAUCCGGUAUUUACCGACGGUGUUGCUACCAAAGAUAUCCAUAUUGAUCCUUCCACUUCUCUUUCGGUUCGUAUUUUUCUUCCUGAAACGGCUCUUUCGUCAGAAUCAAGGUCUAGAACGGGGACAGGAAUAACUAGGGUUUCUGAUAAACGGGUCGAUGUUGUUUUGGAAGAUUCAAGAAGAACUAGCUUGCCGGGUUUAAAUCAUUAUGCUAAUGGUAACGGGGAUCAUUCGUCUAGGCGGAGUAGUCAUGGUAAUGGGGGUUUGGAGAAUAAUGGGGUUUAUAGGGGUUAUUUACCCUUAAUUGAUUCUAAUAAGGGUAAUAGGACAAGGAAAUUGCCAAUCAUGUUGCAAUUUCAUGGGGGUGGAUUUGUUAGCGGGAGUAAUGAUUCUGUUGCUAAUGACUUGUUUUGUAGGCGAAUUUCGAAAUUGUGUGAUGUUAUGGUGUUGGCUGUUGGGUAUAGGUUAGCACCCGAGAAUCGAUACCCGGCUGCGUUUGAGGAUGGUUGGAAGGUGUUGAAUUGGCUUGCUAAGCAGGUCAAUUUGGCUGAGUGUAGCAAAUCUUUGGUUAGUAGAGGUGGUGCCGUUGGAGGCGGAGCUAGUGGAGGUAGCGGUGCUGCUGGUGGUGACAUAAAGAAAUCAGAUAUGCCUUGGCAUACUGCUGUUGCUGAUACAUUUGGUGCAUCAAUGGUGGAGCCUUGGUUGGCUGCUCACGCCGAUCCUUCUAGAUGUGUCCUCCUUGGUGUCAGUUGUGGGGCAAACAUUUCAGAUUACGUGGCCAGGAAAGCGGUUGUAUCUGGUAAGCUGCUCGAUCCUGUGAAAGUUGUGGCACAGGUGUUAAUGUACCCAUUCUUUAUCGGUAGUGUUCCUACGCAUUCCGAGAUAAAGUUAGCCAAUGCAUACUUCUACGACAAGGCGAUGUGUGUGCUUGCAUGGAAGCUCUUCCUACCAGACGACGAGUUCAGUUUGGACCACCCAGCAGCCAACCCAUUAGUUCCAAAUCAAGGACCUCCAUUAAAACUUAUGUCCCCAACAUUAACAGUGGUGGCAGAACAUGAUUGGAUGAGGGAUCGAGCCAUUGCAUACUCCGCGGAAUUGCGAAAGGUCAAUGUGGAUGCCCCGGUUCUGGAGUACAAAGACGCAGUCCAUGGAUUUGCAACACUUGAUAUGCUUCUGAAGACCCCUCAAGCACAGGCCUGUGCUGAAGAUAUUGCCAUCUGGGUUAAAAAAUACAUCUCAACGCGAGGUCAUGAAUUUUCGUACUGAGUAAACGUUUUUGUGUUCAAUACUACGAGUUGAAGUGGAUGUACACAUUUCAACUUAUCUAUUGGAGGGGUAUUUUUUUCGGUUACCUUAUAUCUAUAGGAGGGGUUUUUUCGGUUACAUUGAUUUUGUAUGUCUUUAAUUUUAUUAUUUCAUUUGUUAUGAUUGUAAUUAUGGUUUGAUGAGGGGUCUGUAAAGUAGGAUUUUAGCACUCAACAAUAUCUUCACCAAUUUGGUGACCUUUUAUGUGAAAAUUUUUUGAAUGAACUUGAUACUCCGAAUUAUGAUGCUGAUGCGAAGAAAUUUCCUCUUGGAUUAAGUUUUAUACUCCUUUCAAAAAAAAAAAAGUUGUUUACUCCUAUCAUUUAUGGAUAAGAAUUAGAUUUUUGCGAUUCUUCUUGAUAACCAAAUAUAGAAAUGUUGUUAAUUUAUAAUGCUUGAAUUUCACU